AUGAUGAUCAACGAAAUGCCACGUCUCAAUGACAAAGACUUCGGUGAAAAUGUGUGGCAAGCGAUCAACAUGACCUUGAGGCCACCCCGGGCUGACAAACACGGCGUUCUCAAAAUGGUUGGGACACGGGCCAUCGUCGCAUACGCAGAAGUCCCGGACCGCAUACAAUGCUGCGCGCCACUCGUCAUGAUAAGUUGGCGAUUCCGCAUCAGGGCCAAAAUCCCGAACGUUGAAAAGACGCUCCAACUCCAAUACACAAAGAACACGGCCGUUGCGCCCGACGGCAAUGCUUGCGUCGUGUCCAGCAUGCACAGCGAUCACGGCGCCGGAACCAUGUAG